AUGCCUGCUUUUGCGGAGCGGAGGAUGGGUGCCAUCGCUCGGAUCGAGCCGGGCGGGACAACAAAACGACGUGUCGCGGAAGACAGCCAAUUCUUCGACCAUCUCGUGGACUUAAUACCGUUGCGCCACUACCUCCCGUCGCAGGCUGACUCUGUCGCCCUGAAGUAUGAGAAGGUGGAGGGCGGCAAGGCAGAGGCAAAGCGGGCAGCUAAGGAGCAAUCAAAGAAAGCCAAGAGGCUCAAGUUGGACCCUGCAGCAGCGCAGCGCACAUCCCAGGCGCUGCAGGCGCGGCAGCAGCAGCAGGAGCAGGGGGGAGGGCGCGGAGGGGCGGGCGGAUCCGGGGGAGGUGGUUUCGGGUCAGGGGGAGGGGGAGGAGGGGACGGGAAGAAGGGCGGGAAGGGGGAGAUGGACGAUCCAAUGGACCAGCUGUUGAAAGAAGCAGGUAAGAGAGCGGUGGUGAGCGGUGCAACGUGGAAGGGGCGAGCAGCGGAUUACCAGGAGUUGAGAGCACGGCUGCAGCAGCGGCUGGAGGAACUGAGGAAGCGGAGGAACGCGGAGAGGGCUUCUGCUGCUAAUUUGGAGUUUGGGCGGGUGAAACUGGGGGAUAAGGCAGCAGCAGGGGCAGGGAUGGGAGGCGGGAAGAAGGGGAAGAAGGAGGGCGGGAAGGUAUCUGCCAAGAAGCUUCUGGAGCAGGCGGCUAAGAUUCAGGAGAAGCUCAAGGGGCGGAAACUGGGGGAUAAGGCACUGGCUGAAGUGGAGACUCACCUGUGGAAUGCGGCGAGCAGCAGGGCGGCAGGCGGAAAGGUGUUUGACGAUCCCAACAUGCUGAGCAAACAGCAGAAGAGGGAGCAGCGGCAGAAGGAGAAGAGCGCCAAGCUAUGGAAGGAGAGGCAGAAGGCAGUGCGUAAGGCAAUAAAGGACAGACAGGACAAGCGCAAGGGGAACAUUCAGGAGAGGAAGGACAACAAGAUUGCUGCUAAGAUCGCACGUAGGGAGAAGAAGCUGAUGCGGCCGGGCUUUGAAGGACGAGCAGGGGGCACAGCCUUGAAUGCCACGCCAGCAACUACAGCUACACCAUAG